AAAAAGUGUUUCAAGAAAGAGAAAAUAUAAAUAAUAUUAACAUUAAUAAAUAAAUAAUUAAUAACUUAUAAACAUUCUCCUAUUUUUAAGGCAUAAUAUAAAGGUGUUUUUCGUUAAGUUCAAAGUUGUGUUUCAAAAAUAUUCGACAUUCAAGAAAGAGUGAAUUGUGUGUGAUUUCGAAAUCGCUGAUGCGUGCCCAUUUAGUUGUUGCGAAAACAGUAAAGUGCCUCAAAGAAAAUGAUUAAAUCUGGUAAGCAAAAGGCUUGCAUCGAAAUGACGGGAUCAAAGUUGAAAAUAAGAACAAAUACUCUGGAGCAGUCGAAUGUUAAGGAGUCAAAUUUAAAUGAAAAGAAACUAGGCUACGAUGAAACUCAACUUGGGGGAAAUAUAUUAAUCGGAAAUUAUGAUUUUUUAAAAGAAUUGGAAAUCACUGAUAAUGGCAUGGAUAUACUUGAUUUGAGCUCUUUGGCACAACUUGAGACCCUCACUUGCAAUCAUAACAAAUUGAAAGAAUUGAUAAUGAAUGGAAAAAGUUUAAAAACAGUAACGGCAAGACACAACAAUCUUGCUACAAUAAAAGCGCUAUCACCGCCAACUCAUCUUGUAAAUAUUGACAUUUCUUACAAUGAUUUCGAAGAACUACCGGAUUGGUUGGGAGCCUGCUAUAAUUUAGAGAGUUUAUAUGUCGAACACAACCGUCUCUGGACCAUUGACAACAUAUUCGCUACAGAUGGAUUUCGUAAAUUACAUACAUUCAGUUUGGCCUACAAUCGGCUAACAACCCUGAAUAUUUCAACACUAAUUUUCGGUGCCGUUGGAAAUUUAUACUUGCAAUGCAAUAAAUUACAAAAAUUACCAGACAACUUCUUUGCCAUCACGCAUAAAACACUGAGACUGCUGAAUGUCUCGUGUAAUAACUUGUGUGCGGUCGGGGAUAGUCAAGACAUCAAAGAUAACUGGUGCUUGGAAGAGUUAUAUCUCUCUAAUAAUAAUCUGAAUGAGAAUAUAUUCUCCACUUUUGUGCGUGCGAGACAGUUACGCAUCAUACACGCAGCUUAUAAUAACAUACGUGAACUACCUGAAAAUAUUAUACGAAAUUGGACUGAUUUAGAGGUGCUCGUCUUAUCGGGGAAUAAACUACAAAAUCUACCUGAAAAUAUUUGCGUGCUCACGAAAUUGGAAGUUUUACGUUUACAUUCGAAUCUGCUACACACAACGCCAAGUCUUACGAAAUUAGCGAAUUUGAAAGUUUUGGAUUUGGCACACAAUCAUUUGGAUCACGUAAAUCUCUUGAGUAUUAUGCCAAAGAAUAUAAAAUACUUGGAUCUGUCAUGCAAUCUACAAUUACAAUUCGACGAGCGACAAGUGCAGAUGUGUCAGUCUUUGAAGAAAAUGAGCUUUGUGGAUGUGAGCGGUAAAAAUCGCGCUUCCUUGCCCACAAACAAAUUGGCGGAAAUGAAAGAUAGUAAUGUUUUGCGACAGCCCUGGAUGACCGGAUUUACCGAGACGAUUGGGAAAUGUCGAAAAUUGUUAGUUAAACAAAUACGUCUGUGUAAUUUCGCUGAAGAUGAGGGUCUUUUUGGUAUGCUCGAAUCGGCCACUCUGGGUGCACUCAACACGACAUGCGUUAAUUUGGUGCCACAAAUAUUAUUACACGAGCGUAGUGUAAAAGAAACAGCUAAAGAAUAUAUGAAAUAUACAUUAUUGUCGGUCUAUCAGCGCUUGGCAAGUGAGAGAGGCUGUGAUGAUCUGCAUAUUGCGUUGUGUCACAUUGCCAAAGAGAGCGCAGGCUUCAAAGAUUAUAUGAGACCAAAGCGCAGUAAACGUUUCAUUUUACGCGUCGCCAGUAUUGGUAAUAUAGAAGCGCAUCUUGUGCGUAAAACGUCGACAAUUUGCCUGACAGGCGACAGUUAUAAUACGUCGUUGUCACAUGCCGAUAAUUUUAAGGACUCAGCCAAUGCGGUCAUCACUGAUCCCACAAUACACGAAACGUUUUUAAGCAACGACGAUGAGUUCUUAGUGCUCUGUAAUGCGAACAUUUGGCGUGUUAUGGAUAUAGAACGCGUUACACAGGAGAUACGACGUGAAGAAAAUAUAGUUUUAGCUGCCAAACGUUUACAAGAUAUUGCUCAAAGCUUCGGCGCAGAUGAGAAUCUGAGCGUUAUAAUAGUACGUUUCAGAUAUAUCGGCACCGAUGUGGAUGAUCUGUUGAAAGAGCUAAAGCAAACGGUACGCAAGAAUCCCAUCACACAAAAUAUGAACUGUGAUGAUAAGCACUCGAUCGGUAGUCAACGUCUAAUUGGUCGCUGUUCACCGCGUCAAGUCUUAAUGGGCGCAAUGCUGAAAAGCGAUCGUUCCUCGCCGAGUGGCCAAAGCGAUCAAGUGCAAAACUUUCUGAAUAAGGGUGUAAACGGCGAGGAAUAUGCCUUUGCAACCGAACAUGUGCUAGAAGAGGACGAUGAUGAAUUGGAAAUUUUACAUGAAACCGAUUCAGUGCUGUCAGAGGAACAAUUCAAAUGUUGGGAAUACAUGUUGGAACAAAAUACACAACUACUCUUCGACAAAGAACUCAACACAAUAUCCAAAUCGAUAACAAAAAAUCAUAAUAGUGAAUUGCCGGCGGAACUUAAUAUCAGUCUGGAUAAAAGUGAAUAUAAGGAGAGUAAUUUAAUAAAAACUUUUGGCAAUCGCUUUAUAUCGCAUAGUUCGCCGCAACUGUUGUACAGUGAAAUUAAAAAACCGCUCACAACAUUUACACACAAACAUCAGGAGAAACGUCAGCAGCAGCGACAACAACAGCAGCAACAGCAGAAACAUCAACAGCAAGUAUCUUUCCUGUCAAAACACUUCGGCAGCUGUCGUUCAUUUCAAACGCAAUCCCGUUAUAAUCUCUUCGAAUCGAAAAGUCAAAAUUCGGUUAAUGUUGGUCUCAACUCGAAGUGGAGUGGUGGCCCCAAUGCUGCCUACUUUGGUUCAUUACAACGUCUGAUGCCAUACAAUUUGGAGUAUGAUUUCACAGUUACACAGGAUCGCACAGCAUUCAAUGAGGAAGAUGACGAGUACGAUGAACAGGAGGAUCGCAUGAAAAAAUAUUGGGGUAUAGCGACUACAGAGCUCUAGAUGUACAUACAUAUAUUAUCUAUAUUUGUAUAUGUCGUAGGGUGUUCGUAUUUCUCUUUAUAAUUUUAACUGUUAAAGAAAUUUUUUUUAAUGAAAUUUAUUGUGCUUGAAGCAAAACAAAUCUUUGAAAAGGGUUGCCAUAAUAAAAAGAAAAAGUUACGUCUCACUCUUAUAUAAGUAAUAUCCGGUGCAUAUUUUUCAAUUCAAUAUAACAGUUUUGACAACUGUUUAUGUUGCAAUUUAUAUUGACAUAUAAUUUGACAUUAUACUAAUAUUUUCAACUUAAGCGCUCAACUCGAAAUGCAUUCCAUUCUUUUUGAAAUGAAGUCCCUCUACCCGGCGGUGUAAAAAUUGUUUAUAUUUCUUAUUGCAUUAAUUGAUUAAGUAGAAGUUUUAAUGAAUCUCUGAUCAUAAGUUGAUAAUAUA